AUGUACGUCGCGAUAUUCGUGUGCCUGUCGGUGAAAGCCGUUCACAUCGAGAUCGUACCCGACCUAACAUCAGCUGCGUGCAUCAAUGCUAUUAAACGGUGUGUAGCUCGACGCGGGCGGUUAAUCGAGCUUCGUUGCGAUAACGCGACAGCUUUCGUCGGGGCUGAUCGUGAAAUGCGCGAGCUACGUCGUCAGGUCCUGACCAAUGAAUGGGAGCAGUACUGCCUAAGCGAAGGAAUCAACUUCAAAUUUGUUCCGGCGCGCUCACCACAUUUCGGGGGAUUGUGGGAGGCCGGGGUAAAAUCGUUUAAACGCCAUUUUCGACGAAUCUUCGGUUCGACGUCGUACACAAUCGACGAACUCGCAACAGCAGCUGCACAUAUUGAAGGCAUUCUCAACUCUCGGCCUCUCACUCCCCUCACCGAGCAUCCCGAGGACCUUUCCGUAUUAACACCUGGACACCUUCUCAUUGGAGAACCGAUGUUUUCCAUUCCCGAGCCCGAUGUUUCUGAUAAACCUAUUUCCAACCUGUCUCGUUUUCAGGAAUCUCGUCGUAGUGUCCAAAAUUUCUGGAAGUGUUGGUCCCGAGACUACAUAUCCUUGUUACACCAGCGUUCGAAGUGGAAAACAGCAACGAAGAAUAUCGAACCUGGAACUAUGGUGCUUCUCAAACAGGACAACUACCCCCCAUUUACAUGGCCUCUUGGAAGGGUGGUACAAACAUACGCUGGGUCGGACGGACUAGUGCGUGUUGUGUUGGUACGAACCGGUCGAGGCCUGUUCAAGCGAGCUGUCACGGAGAUCAGCGUUUUACCAAUUGAAUCGGAAACAACCAACCAGAUGACCACUGUCGUAUACUGUCAGGCAAACUACCAAGGAUAG